AGUUGAUAGAUAGAUGAAUACAUAUACAAUAUUAUUAUUACACACACAAGAUGAAGAAAAGAAGAGCUGGAAGGAAGAAGUUCCGCGAGACUCGACAACCAAACAACAAAACUCGUGUUUGGCUUGGAACAUUUUCCCACCCCGACAUGGCAGCUAUAGCUUAUGAUGUUGCGCCUUUAGCUUUCAAAGGUGAAACUGCUUCCUUAAUUUUCCCUCAUGCGGCUACCUCGCUGCCGCGUCUUGAUUCACAAACAUCGUCUAUUAGGUCUAUUCAAUUUGCUUCGACGAAAGCAGUUGAAAAACAUUUGUCUUCUUGUCAAGACUUGGAAUCAUUCGUUGCUGAUAUUGCAAUGAAUGGUUCUGAGUCUGCGGAUUAUAACGUUAAUGGUUGUGUGGAGAAGUUUUUGGAAGAUUCUGACGGAUUCUUUUGGGAUGAGGAGGAGGUUUACAACAUGCCGGGUUUGAUAAAUAGCAUGGCAGAAGGGUUGAUUAUGACACCACCAGCGUUGCAGAGGGGGUUCAACUGGGUUGGCGGGGAAACUACAAUGGACUUGAGUCUAUGGGAAAAUUGAUACGUUUUAGCACUCCAAUUUGUAAACCCUAAUUAAACAAACCUUCUAUACAAAUUAGUUGGAGUUUUUUUGAAUAAUUCUAUACAAAGUAGUUGGAGUUAUAAUUCAAUGAUAUGUACAAA